AUGCCUGCUUUGCCCUCUCCUUUCGCCAAAGGGGGAUGCAUUGUGUCAGCGCCAGUGGGGCCGGCCGGUCCUGCAGGGCCGGUGAAGUCGUCUUCGGGAAAGCUUGAGUCACUCAGGCUUGCGGGAGUGAAGAUUCCGAGUGUGCCGGGACAAAGCUGGGAUCAGAAACUCUCUGAGGCGAGGGAAGCAGCUUUGGCAAAGUGGCUAGGGAUUCUUGAAAGGUUCCCUGACGAUUUCGGUCUUUCUCUUUCGAUUCGGCUAGAUAAGGAGAACGGGCGAGACUCUGACUUGAAGUCUUCCUUGCAAGAUGUGUUUUCUCAGAAGGCGAGCGUCACGAUCUCGGGCCGUGCUGGGCCCCUUGCCAGGUACAUCAAGCACUGCCGAAGUUGCCAGGUCAUUCCUUUCCCUGUCACUGAAGCAGGGAUCUAUGCUUUCCUACAGGAUUAUGCAUCUCACGAGGCGCCCACUUUCGCCAGGAGUUUCUUGAGCAGCCUUGCUUUUGCAAAGUUCACUGUGAGCUUGAAGGUGAGUGAUGAGGUCUUCAGCCCCAGGGUCCGUGGGCUGUCGUCGAAGCUGUAUCUUGAAAAGAGGAAGACUCGGCAAAAGCCGUCGCUCAAAGUUGAUCAUGUGCGGAAGUUGGAGGCUAUCGCUUCCGGCUCGAUCGUGCUCGAGCCUUCAGACCGGGUCGCUGCUGGCUUCUUCGUGUGGACCUUGUAUGCACGAGCGAGGUACUCGGAUGCCCAAGCUGCAGGUGCAAUGACUUGUGACUUAAGCGAUACGCCGGACGGCACAGUCGGAUACCUGGAGUCCGCUGUCGAGCGAAGCAAGACUUCGUUCUCACUGGAAAGAAAGGUCAGGUAUUUGCACAUGUUUGCUCCCAUCCAAGGUAUCUGGGGUGUCAAGUGGUUUGAGUUCUAUAAGGAGCAUGGGCCUCCUUUGGGGUCGGGCAAGCCCUUGCUUCCGAGCCCGCUCUCUGGCGGAGGGUGGCAAACAUCGCCGCUGGCGGUGGCGAGUGCCACGAAAUGGAUGAAGUCACUCUUGAUCCGUGCGGGUUGUGACAGGUCUUCCGUUGAACCGCUUGGGACGCAUAGUCUCAAGGCAACGACCUUGAGUUGGAGCGCCAAAUUCGGACUACCCCGCGAGGUGAGAGCGGCCCUAGGCUACCACGCCAGGGGCCGUGACGGGACCGAGCUCAUCUAUGGGAGAGACAACAUGUCUGCUCCUGUGCGCCAGCUGCAAGGGGUCCUGCUCGAAGUGUCGCGCGAAAGGUUCAUGCCGGACGCCACCAGGUCCGGUUACUUCGUGAAGCGCUUUGAAGAUCCAGAAGGGAUGCCCAUUCCUCCUGAUGAGGUUUUGUCGGAAUCUUCUUCCGAGGCCAGCGAGGAUGCCGAGGAUGUCGAUCAUGUAGCUGCGGAGGCGGCCACCGACGAGUUGGGAACAGAGACAGCCGUUUCAUCCAUGCUGUCGCAUCCGAAGAAGGCGACAAGUUCAGAUGUGGGCCACGAGGUGCGGAUUCGGGAGUGUUCUGAGAACUUUCAGCGAUUUGUAGGAGUUUCACUAGCUCGGUUCCUGCUCCUGACGAUGGCUAACUACUCUGAGAGUCAAUCGGUUCUGCAGUCGCGAUUGAGUGUCGUGGGUUUCGCAGAAGAUGACGUUCAGAAAAUCCUGCCAGAGGUGGGAAACUUGAGGAGGCUGGCGUUCAUUUCUUCUUUCACACCUGGCCAGACUGACGAGGGGCCGUUGAUGCAGGUGUUGAAAGACAUUUUGAAGCGAGACUUGACAAUUGCAGACAAGGCUAAUUGGCGUGCGGUCUACAAUGAAGCUUUUGCCAUAGUGACCGCGGAAAUGAAGCAGAGGAUUGAGAAGGCCGACCCAGAGUCGACCGUCCGGCCUUUGUCUCAGCCUGAGAGGUCGGAGCGGUACGAGCGGCAGGCCAAGAAGCUUGUUGGGAUUUCACUGAAAGGGCCUCUGGAGCCUGCCGAUGCACUUGUUGAUCUUGCUGUGGCUUCCUAUGAGGCAAAUGAGCUGAGGUACAUUCCGUGGGACCGGUGUGUGUCCAAGGAAGCUGAACUGGCUGGCGAGAAGAAACGCGAUGUCAGGUUCACUGUUGAGGAGUCUUCGGGAAAGCUUCGGAUCGAGCACAAACAGCCUGAUCUGGUUGCGGAUACUUCAUCGGAGAUUCUUGUUCAGCAGGCUCUCACCAGGAGAGCUUUGGCCAUGGAUCAGGCGAACCUGAUCGAGUUCAGUGUUGCUGAUAAGUGGACUCAACGCUUGAUGAAGGCCCGCAUGCAAGCGCCUGCGGAGCAUUUUGCCAGGCCCACUUGGAAGCAACUUGAGUCGGCGGAUCGGCAGCUGUUUGCCGAGCUUCGUGAUAAGACCAGGGCAGGAGUGCAGACCGUCGCAUCGGGUCGCCCGUUGGACACACUUCUGCCAGAUGCGAUGUACAUGAACGAAGUGUCAUGUUUAUUGCAACCUUUUCCGGCCCCUGCCCUAAAGGAUGUUCCCCAGAAGCCGGAUGCUCCCAAGUGGGAGAGGCCUUCUCCUUACAACAAAGGUGGAGGCAAAGGAAAGAAAGGUAAGCAGAGGUUCAUGACAAGGUUGCCCGCCGGCCUGGAGGGCUGCAGGUCUCACACCAAUCGUGGUGACCCAAUCUGUUUUGCAUUCAAUCUGGGAGGAUGCCCUACCAAAGGGCAGAAGUGCGAGAAAGGCCUGCACAUUUGCGCAGUGCCUAAGUGCGGUGCUCACAACCAUGGUGCAGCGCAGUGCCCAAAGCGGGCUCAGGGUGGCUCGUGA